AUGAUCAUUUCCCUUUAUGGUUUGCAGCUUUUAUUUAGAGAGCAAGUGGGGGCGGAGCAUGUAGUAGACACAGAGUUAAGAGGAGUGAACUCAACACACAGGGCAGUACUGAGGCGGGGCAGACAAACAGACGCUUUGCUGGGCAAAUACACAUCAUUCGAGUCUCUGGGCUGGGUAUGUGGUACCAUGGAACAAGAUAUCAUGGCACUCCCACCAACCACAGUGGCAAAUUCCAGCAAGACCACAGAGAUCACGAAGAUCUCUCACCUGGCCUCUGCUGUUUUGCUCUUCAUCACCUUCCUGGUGGGUGUGGUGGGGAACGGGAUGUUCCUGUGGGUGCUGGGGCUGAAGAUGAGGAGGACGGUGACCACGCUCUGGUUCCUUCACCUGAUCUCCUGCUACCUUCUCUUCACCAUGCUGAUCCCCUUCUUCGCCGUCUACGUCCUCUUGGGUUUCCACUGGGUCUUUGGCAUGGCCAUGUGCAAGCUUCUCAAUGCCUUCGGUUCCAUGGGCAUGUUCUCCUCCGUCUUCCUUCUCACACUCAUCAGUCUGGACCGCUACACCCUCACUCACCAUCCCAUUUGGUCGCGGAAUCACCGCACCAUGCCCCGGGCAUGGAAGCUGGUCAUGGGCGUGUGGCUGGCCUCCUUCAGUCUCAGUGCUCCCUACUUGGCUUUCCGGGAGACCCGCGUGGUGGACAGGAGCAGGAUUACCUGCAUCAAUAAUUACAACAUCUCCGGGAACUGGAAUGGAGCUGAGACGCGGAACCUGGGCAGACGGGUCCACCUGGCCAUCUUCAUGGUCCGGUUCCUGCUGGGAUUCCUGCUGCCCUUCUGCACCAUCGUGGGAUGCUAUGUCCGCGUGGGGAUGAAGAUGAAGGAGAAGAAACUGACAUGGGCAGGGAAGCCCUUCAAAGUCAUGAUGGCCACGAUGGUUUCCUUCUUCCUUGGCUGGCUGCCCUACCACCUCUACCACGGCUUGAAGCUCUAUGAGAAGGAGGUGCCAGAGUCAGUGACAGACGCCCUCUUGGUAAUUUACACCUUAACAUCCUGUUUCAAUGCCUGCUUCACCCCCAUCCUCUACCUCUUUGUGGGGGAGAAGUUCUGGCAGGUCUUCAGGACGUCUCUUCUCACUCUGGCCAAAGAGGCUUUUGUCGAUGAUCUCAGUGCCCCUGAGUCUAAUGGAAGACAGGGGUCAGAAGUUGAGAACUCAAAAGAAGAGAUGGUCUGA